UUUUUUUUUUUUUUUUGUGCAAUGAAUAGAAAAAACUCUGAUGUGUGUGAUAUCCCAACGGACGAUGCUGAAAAUACUGAAGUAUUAGAAGAAGGUUCAAGAAGUAUAUUGAUGGGUAUUAUCAAACAACUUAGUAAAGAUAUGGAUUUAUCAAGAGUUACUUUACCUACCUUUGUAUUGGAACCAAGAAGUAUGUUGGAAAAGAUUACUGACUUUAUGGCUCAUCCUGAAUUAGCUGAACAAGCUUCUGUUUUAUCCGAUCCAACGGAAAGAUUUGUUGCUGUGGUGAAAUACUUUUUAUCUGGAUGGCAUAUUAAACCAAAGGGUGUGAAAAAACCAUACAAUCCUAUUCUUGGAGAAUUUUUUAGAUGUCGAUAUGAAUUCAAAGAUGGAUCUCAAGCUUACUAUAUUGCAGAACAAGUAUCUCAUCAUCCUCCUGUAUCGGCUUAUCAUUAUGCAAAUCCUGAACAUGGUAUCAUUAUUGAUGGUGAAGCUAGACCUAAAGCUCGAUUCCUUGGUAAUAGUGCUGCUACUAUCAUGUGUGGUUAUUCUCGUCUUACUUUUGCUAAGCAUCAUAAUGAAACUUAUGAAAUCACCAAUCCAAAUGUUUAUGCUAGGGGUGUUUUAUUUGGAAAGAUGUUGAUGGAAUUGGGGGAUCAAUGUACUGUGAAAUGUGUUACCAGUGAUUUGAUUGCGGAGCUGGACUUCAAAACCAAAGGAUUCUUCUCUGGACAAUACCAUGCAGUUGUGGGUAAGAUUAAGAAAGCAUCGACUGGAGAAUUAUUAUAUGAAAUCUCUGGUACUUGGACAAGUGAACUUUUUAUCAAAUCUGUCAAGAACAAAGUUAAGGAACCGCUGUUCACAGUCAAAGGGGCAGUGAUACAUCCAAAGAUAGUGGAACCUGAGGAAAAUCAAGAAGAAAAUGAAUCAAGAAGAUUAUGGUCUGGGGUGACAAAAGGAUUGAAAACAAAUGAUUUGGAUGGUGCCACCGCUGCGAAAACUGCUAUUGAACAUUCUCAACGUCAAUUACGUCAGGAACGGGAAAAGAAUGGUACACAAUGGACUCCACGAUUCUUCUCUAUGCUGGAAAAUGGUGAUUAUCAAUUCACUCAUCGAACAAAGUAAGUCUGUUUCCAUAUUAAUAUCAAUCAUAAAAAAAAAAAAAUAAUCUCAUCAUUCUUAUCUUUUUGUAGAAUCGAUUAUGUAAAUCAUCCUGAUAGAGCUAAUCAAGAAAUGAAACAAAUUAUCUUUAGUCAACCUCAUCAACCAUCAUUGGCAACAACAACAACGAAUAUGAUUGUUCAAGAUGAUAAAUCCGAAAAACUAUACUCAUGCAAUAACCGAUGCUCUAUUGAACCUUCUGUAGCUGUUUAAUGGCCAGUACCUAUUUUUUUUUUUUUCAUACCCUGAAUUUUUUUUUUAUUUAUUUUGACAUGUAUCUAUUGUUUUUUUUGUUAUCUUUUACAAUAAACUGUUUACAAUAUAAAUAUAUAAAGAAGAAUACCAAAUACUAUAAAAAGAAACAUUUUAUUUGAUUUCUAUAUAGAUUAACUGAUAAGACUAGACUAAAU